CAGUCCUGAAGGACAGCUGGGGGUCUCCGGUCUGCUUUAAGAGCGCUGCGCGUACAGGGCGACGCUCAUUUCUAAAAUUCACCUCGCUGCUUAAAGAGUGCGUAAACGACUCCAACGAAAAAACAAGGACUUAUCGUGUAACCAAAACAACCUUCUCUCUUUCCUGUCGUGCUCUGUUCAGGUAUCGGACAGAAGAAUUCUUGAGGACUAAACUAAAAGGUUAUUUUUCAACGACUUUCUGUUUUCAAAAUUCUCUCCAACUUUGCCCUUCGAUCGGAGGCUAGAAUGAUGUCUUAUCUGAAGCAGCCGCCUUACACGGUCAACGGCCUGAGUUUGUCUUCCUCCGGGAUGGACCUACUCCAUCCGUCUGUCGGCUAUCCAGGUGAGGGCAUGGAAUACUUCAUAUUUCUUACACAAAUAACCAUGAAAUAGUAAAAUAACCUGCAAUGGCUCAUUGCAUAGCUUUUCUUUGUGGCAUAUCUUGUCUAUUUCGAAAUGAUGAUCAUACGCUAAAAACUGGCUAAAUAAAAUAAACCAAUGUAUAAUUAUAAUUGUAAUUUAUUCCCAAAAUUUAGUUUUUCGGUAUCAUUGACCUUAAAUCAAUAAUUUCGACUGGCUUUAUAAACAUUCUCAUUUUGCUUAGACCUAUAGUGAAUGAUCUAAACUAUCAGGGGAUCAUAACUAAUAUUCAGCUGGUCUUUGUGGGGUGUAAAUGUAAAUUAUUAAUGGUAAUGGUCCUAAACAAACAAGAGUCAUGUCUUGUACAACUUAUGCAAAUUAAGAUCUCAGCAAAGGACAAAUAUUCCCUGUCUUGAAAUAUCAACCGAAAUACUAGGCUAUUUAUCCAUCUAAACAUAGCCUAAUUGCUCAUGAUCAAAGCAGCAACUUUAGUCCUAUUGGAUACAGUUGACAAGCCACAUUGAUUAGCUUAUGUAGGAUAAAACAAUGUAUUUAUUCUAAAGCCAUAACAUGUUUGUAUUUGUAAAGUCUUAUAAUGAAUGUUUAUUUUUCCUCAUACAGCCACCCCUCGUAAACAGAGGCGCGAGAGGACGACCUUUACACGUGCUCAGCUGGACAUUCUGGAGAACCUGUUCGCCAAGACGCGCUACCCAGACAUCUUCAUGCGCGAGGAGGUGGCCCUGAAGAUCAACCUACCUGAGUCUCGUGUUCAGGUAAGUCCCUGGGCCUUUGUGUAAACACGUGUCCAUCCAGAUUUUGAGUGAAGGCCACUCACACAGCUCAUUAAUUUGGGCUUGAGAAGUCAAGCACCCAGAAGCCACUUCAGAGAGUGAGUGUCUUCUCCACUCUAUUAAUUUGAUGGAGUGUUCCCCCCCCAGUGAAUAGGCCUACCAGUCUUUUCUUUUGCAUCCACUGUAUAGAUAGAUGACUGUAUUGCAAUAAAACAUCAAGGAAACGCUAACACAUUGUUUUAUUUUCAUAUUUAUCCAUCUUUCAGGUAUGGUUUAAAAACCGAAGGGCGAAGUGUCGCCAGCAGGCACAGCAGUCACAGAGCGGCACGCAGAGCAAGACCAGACCCGUUAAGAAGAAAAGUUCCCCCAUCAGAGAAGCCAGCUCUGAGAGCGGUGCCAGCGGCCAGUUCACACCGCCCCCCAGCACCUCAAUCCCGGCCGUGAGCAGCAGCAGUGUCCCGGUGUCCAUCUGGAGCCCGGCCUCUAUCUCUCCUCUCUCUGACCCACUCUCUACCUCCUCCUCCUCAUGUAUGCAACGGUCGUACCCGAUGACCUACACCCAGGCGUCCGGAUACAGCCAAGGCUACACCGGAUCGUCAUCGUAUUUCAGCGGGAUGGACUGCGGGUCUUACUUGGCGCCUAUGCACCACCAGCUCUCCACGGCGGGCUCCACAAUGAGCCCCAUGGGCAGCAACGGGGUCUCCAGCCACCUGAGCCCGGCUUCUUCCCUCUCCGCGCAGGGGUAUGGGGCAGCGGGACUGGGCUUCAGUGGUCCCACAGACUGCCUGGAUUACAAAGACCAGGCUGCGGCCUGGAAACUCAACUUCAACGCGGAUUGUUUGGAUUACAAAGACCAGUCAUCGUGGAAAUUUCAGGUGUUGUGA